AUGGUCCCGCCGUCUCCGACUUUUUUAAAUGUUGGUAGCAGUAGACGUCGUAAUUCGACAGAGCAGCAGCAACAAGCCAUCAUGUCCGGCAAAAGCACGGACGGACUAAAUCUCUAUAAUUUCUAUAAUUUAUUGAAGGCAAUAAAGCACGAAGUUGUGUCUGGAACCCCUGCUCUCCAAGAAGCAGGUGUGGGGCAUGGAAUCUGUGGUGGUGGCCAGUUACCUUAUGAAAUGGAACCCAAUGAAGAUUAUAGCAUAAUGCCGGCCAUGUUUUCUCCGUCUCUUGCUAAUGAGGAAGAUGAAGUUAGCGCUGUUGAUACGGAGGAAGACACAGAUUCUGUCAUUUCUGACACAAGCUGUGGCACCGAGGAUUCUUCAAGAAAAGUGGCAUCUUCCUUCAGACAUCAUCUUCGUUCUCUUUUUGGUCUGCUGCUUCAAUUCACACAAACUGACAAAUAUCUUUCUCAUCAUAAACUUUUUAACUCUGUCAUCUAUCUAUCUAUCUAUCUAUCUAUCUAUCUAUCUAUCUAUCUAUCUAUCUAUCUAUCUAUCUAUCUUAAUAAAACAAUCUAUCUAUCUAUCUAUCUAUCUAUCUAUCUAUCUAUCUAUCUAUCUAUCUAUCUAAUUCUUUCCAUUAUCUAUCUAUCUAUCUAUCUAUCUAUCUAUCUAUCUAUCACAAUCUCUGUUCAUAUCGAUCUGUCUAUCUAUAUAUUACAGUCUCUGUUCCUAUCUAUCUAUCUAUCUAUUGUAGAGUAUAUAACACUAUCUAUCUAUCUAUCUAUCUAUCUAUCUAUCACAGUUUCUGACCAUAUCUAUCUAUCUAUCUAUCUAUCUAUCUAUCUAUCAAUCUAUCACAACCUCUGUUCAUAUCUAUCUGUCUAUCUAUAUAUUACAGUCUCUGUUCAUAUCUAUCUAUCUAUCUAUCUAUCUAUCUAUCUAUCUAUCUUAACAAAUCGGUAUUGGGGAGAUUCUCACCGAGGCCUUCUGGCUGGAAAGCGGAUGUUUAAUCACUCUUCUGAGCGCUUAUAUUAA